AUGUCUCAGCCAGCGCUCAACAAGAUCGCCCACAACAGCCCAUCGAGGCAACACCCAUCCGAGCUGGAAACCAGCAUCGCGACCGCUCUCUACGAACUCGAGACCAACAUCCCUGACCUCAAGUCAUCCCUCCGACCUCUCCAGUUCACCAGUGCUCGCGAGCUCGAGGUUGGCCACGGCAAGCGCGCCAUUGUCGUCUUCGUCCCUGUCCCUCUCCUCGCCGGCUUCCACAAGAUCCAACAGCGUCUGACCCGCGAGCUCGAGAAGAAGUUCUCCGACCGCCACGUCUUGUUCAUCGCUUCUCGCCGCAUCCUUCCCCGCCCCAAGCGAUCCAACCGAUCCCGCAACUCGCAGACCCAGAAGCGUCCUCGCAGCAGAACCCUGACCGCCGUCCACGAGUCCAUCCUCGCCGACGUCGUCUACCCGGUCGAGAUCGUCGGAAAGAGACUGCGAACCAAGGAAGACGGAAGCAAGGUCCUCAAGGUCGUCUUGGACGAGAAGGAGCGCGGCGGUGUGGACUACAGACUCGACACAUACUCGGAGGUCUACCGAAAAUUGACCGGACGUGUCUGUGGCUUCGAGUUCCCCAUGAGCGCCGCUGCCGACUACUAG